AUGACGUCAAUCAUCUGCCAGAUGCUGUCCGAUCGGAAAAGCUUUGCCCAGAGUCGAACUACUGCGGCACUAAGGUGUUUCCCAUUCCCUACUGGCUGCUCCGGAGGAGCGGCAUACUCCGUUUCAGCUAUCAUUUGCAUCACAAAAUUCAAAAGCUUGUUCUCCUCUACAGAAAGAGGAGGCUCUGGCAUAGGGAUCGUGACUGACUCUAGCCAUUUGGUCAACAAGAGGGCGCACUCCAAAGAACAAAGAGCGUGCUGCGUGGACCAGAAGAACAUUUGGGUGUGGGCGACAAAGUUGAUGCCCAAUUUGAUGGGUAUGCUUAGCGCAUGGGCACAAUGCAAAGCAGCUCUGGUCAUCCUUUUACCUCGUCCUACUGGCGAGCUCCUCUUUAUUGACAUUGCGAUCUGCGACGGAUCCCAGCUGCGCAGUGAUCGGAUGGGCCCAGUAUCCACGUUGAUACGAAUGUAG